UACCCGUUAUUCCAGAAGAGGAGCUGAAUUUGGAGUUUGCUGUUGUGGCCAACAUGGAGAAUUGGUUGGUGAAGGUGUGCCAUGAUGCUCAAAUUCCUGGUCCAUGCUUUUUCAAGCAAGAACGGUUUACAAGAGAGAAAGGCCCAUUUUACGGGUUCACUGUGGUGGUUCCGGGCGAUCCAUUUGAAGUUGAGCUUUCAGCCAGGGGUCGAUUCUCCUUGGUUGAGAAAACUACAAGAGAGGAUGCAGCAUUUGAGAUGUUAGGUCGUGUGUUGGAUUUAACCGGAAAGGAGAUUCGGGACUAUAGCUAUUCGAAGCUGAAGCUUGUAAAGGACAGUAACAAUGCUCUCCGUGCGAAAUUAAGUCAAUUAGAAGAGGCAUACAAGAAGCUGAGGGGUCGUUACGAUGCACUAAAACACAGAAACGUUGAAGGCAAUGCAAUAUGAAGAGUGGUCUACUAGGUACGAAGACAUGUUUCCAUCCAAACCAUGCACAGUCGCUUCCCAGCAGCGAAAUCUCAGGGAAGAAGUUGCCGCUGUUGCCUUUGUUUUGCAUGGACAUGCUGAAAAUGUGCAAGCUAUUGCUGAUGAUGUUUUUGAAUCGACAAACCACAGAGAUGCCACCAUCUUACGCGGCUCCUCCAUUCCAAGCAAAGCUCCAACCCUUCCCCUAGAAAUCCUGACUGUUGCAGUUGACUCGGAGGAGAACAACCCGCCGCAGCCGCUGACAGCCCUGGUGCUAAAAGGAAGGAUGCUCUUCCACUCACCAGAUGGGCGAUGCACUGGAUCAGCGCCGACAAAGCGUUUAAGAGCUGCUACUGCUUGCAGCACAAUGCGGAAGGUUGCUAAGACUAGGUCAAAGUUUAAAGCCACUCAUGAAUGGAUUUCAAUCGUGAGGAUACCUUGUUAUUCAACUAUUUAUUCUCGGAUGGACAUUCAAAUGAGGAAACCCUUGUCAGAAUGCCCAAUAUCGACUCACAAGGCGACAUAUUCAAACGUUGAUACCUGGACGACCUAUAGAUGGGAGGGUUGUUGAAAUCGUAGCAAUGCGAAACACAUGUUCAAUUCAGCAUGUUAGACAUCCGUUCUUUUGGUGCCUCCCACCUGCUUUUGCCGAAGACGUCGCCAAGG